GACAUUUUGACAUUUAUCUCCCGGUAGCAGAUUUCCUAAUUGUAUUCGUGUUCAUAAUAACCUUUAUAUCAUCAUGGACGAAGAAUACGAUGCGAUUGUCCUGGGCACUGGUCUCAAGGAGUGCAUCAUCAGUGGGAUGCUCUCCGUCUCCGGCAAGAAGGUAUUACACAUUGAUCGGAACAAGUACUAUGGUGGUGAAUCUGCGUCAAUUACCCCGUUAGAGGAAUUGUUCGCAAAGUUCAACGCACCGGCGCCGGACGAAACCUACGGUCGAGGUCGUGACUGGAAUGUGGAUUUGAUCCCCAAAUUUUUGAUGGCGAACGGCCUUCUGGUGAAGCUGCUCAUCCAUACGGGCGUUACCCGUUAUCUGGAAUUCAAAUCCGUAGAAGGCAGCUAUGUCUACAAGGGUGGUAAGAUCUCAAAGGUACCGGUCGAUCAGAAAGAAGCACUCGCUUCCGACCUCAUGGGCAUGUUUGAAAAGAGGCGUUUCCGUAAUUUCUUGGUGUACGUCCAGGAUUUCCAGGAAGACGACACCAAAACCUGGAAAGAUUUUGAUCCGAGCACUGCCAACAUGCAGUCUUUGUACGACAAAUUUGGGCUGGAUAAGAAUACCCAAGACUUUACAGGUCAUGCUUUGGCCCUCUACCUCAAUGAUAAUUACCUCCAGCAGCCUGCUAUCGAAACCAUCCGCCGCAUCAAGUUAUACUCGGACUCUCUGGCACGAUAUGGAAAAUCGCCGUACUUAUACCCCAUGUAUGGUUUAGGUGAGCUGCCUCAGGGUUUUGCUCGUCUCUCGGCUAUCUAUGGAGGAACGUACAUGUUGGACAAGCCUAUUGAUGAGAUUGUGCUUGGCGAAGGUGGCAAAGUAGUGGGUGUACGCUCCGGUCAGGAGAUUGCUAAAUGUAAGCAGGUGUACUGUGACCCCAGCUAUGUUCCUGAUAGAGUUCGUAAGAAGGCACAGGUUAUUCGCUGCAUUUGCCUAUUAGACCAUCCUAUUGCAAACACUAAGGAUGCUCUUUCCACUCAAAUUAUUAUUCCCCAGAAACAGGUUGGCAGGAAUUCUGAUAUCUAUGUAUCUCUGGUGUCUUACACACACCAGGUUGCUGCUAAAGGAUGGUUCAUUGCAAUGGUGUCUACCACAGUUGAAACAAAUGACCCUGAGACUGAGAUCAAACCUGGCUUGGACCUCCUGGGCUCUAUCCGACAGAAGUUUGUGAGUGUAUCCGACUACUAUGAGCCUACAGAUGAUGGCAGUCAGAGCAAAAUUUUCAUUUCCGAGUCUUACGAUGCUACCUCUCAUUUUGAGACUACUUGCUUAGAUGUUCUUAAGAUUUACAAGCGUGGUACUAAUGAAGACUUUGACUUCUCCAAAGUGAAGGUUGAGUUAGGAGAGGAAGAACAGUGAACACACCUUAUUAUUUAUAUGUAUAUUGCUUGUUAAUUUUAAUAUUUGUUCAUAAAAUAAUCUGGCAAACAAUAAUUUUCAUUAAGGUGUAUUGGGUAAAGAUUUAUAUGAGAGCUUAGAUGUAAUGCAGUAGACAAUGUAUUUGUGCAAUGUGCCCCCUCUGUGAAUUCAAUAAGGAAUUAUUUUUUUAUUUACCAAAAAUACACAAUAUGUAAUAUUGUUGUUCUAGGGGAUGUAUUCCUUAUAUAAGAUUGCUUUUAUUCUUAUUUUUAAGUAUACAACAGUGAUCUGCACAAGUGGUAUUGCAUCAUAAAAUAUGCAUUCCAUUUUCGGUACAUACUUUGACCCUGUAACCAUAUCAUACUUGUAAUGUCGAAAUUAUGAAUGCUCAUUAUACCUGUAUGUUGUGUAAGAUCAUAAA